AUUUUUUUGGAAGGUCGGACCGCAUCGCCGCAGAGGUUGGCUGUUCAUUCAAUCUUCAAUAAACAAUAUUGGUAUUAAUUAUUAUUUGUCAUAUUGGUAAUUUUGGUCCCUUGAUAGGAGAAUAUCAAGAAUUGGUUGUUUUCUGAUUUCUCUCUGCUUCUUUGAGAGGUGCCGCAUCUCAUUCUCCGUUGGUGGUGACUGGUUGUUGUUUAAGGUGCUUCUCUCCAAGUCUCUCUCCAAUUAAAGGUUGAAGCUGGAUUAGCUUGCAUGGUUUACGUCCGUUUUUGUUUUGUGUUUUCUCUAUGUGGAUGAUUUUGUUGUGGUCGUUCGAUUAUUGAAAGUGUUCGAUAGCGUAUUUGUGUAAUUGCAGGAGAUCUGAUUAGCCAUAACUCAAUACUACAAUUUACAGCAGUUCUCAUGGUCUAUAUCUCAUAUUUGUUGGAAAAUCAAGCUCUUGACAGUUCCCUUGAUCUGUUAUUUGGAAACCAUCCAAGAUCUGGUAAACUUAUCCAUUUGAUUUCAGUGGUCACUGAUAAACAAACUUCAGGGAAUGCUGAAAGAUGUGCUUGAGCACCAGUAUUUACAUCUCUGAGGGCAAUGAGGUUCUAGCUCUGUUUGAGCUCCCUUUGUUCAUCCUAGAUGAGAUUGGACAUAUAAUCCACAGCGCAUCUUGGCUCCAUGUCCAAAUGAGCAAUGGGGCUCUUCGUACAAAGCCUGUUGUAUUACAUCAUGACCUUUGUGAAGAUGGUUGAGCUCUUUCAUUUAUAGGACCUCCUGCUCCAUGAAUAACAUAUAUUUUAUUUAGCAGGAUAACUAGUAUUAGUGCAGAUCAGUAUUUGUAACUAUAAUGGAAAAUAAAGGGAGUGUGUUGAUGCAAAGGUACGAAUUAGGGAGAUUAUUAGGUCAAGGUACCUUCGCUAAGGUUUAUUAUGCAAGGAACCUUAAAACUGGACAGGGUGUGGCCAUUAAGGUAAUUGACAAAGAGAAGGUACUGAAGGUUGGGCUGAUUGAUCAGAUUAAACGAGAGAUUUCUGUAAUGAGACUAGUUAGACACCCAAACAUCUUGCAGCUUUAUGAGGUUAUGGCUAGCAGAAAGAAAAUUUACUUUGUCAUGGAGUAUGCUAAAGGAGGUGAGCUUUUUAACAAGAUAGCAAAGGGCAAGCUCAAGGAGGAUGCUGCAAGGAAAUACUUUCAACAGCUCAUAAGCGCUGUUGAUUUCUGUCACAGUAGAGGCGUUUAUCACAGGGAUUUAAAACCUGAGAACCUACUGUUGGAUGAGAAUGGGAAUCUAAAGGUUUCUGAUUUUGGAUUGAGUGCCCUUGCUGAAUCGAAGCGUCAAGAUGGUUUACUUCACACAACUUGUGGGACCCCUGCCUAUGUUGCUCCAGAAGUGAUCAACAGAAAAGGGUAUGAUGGGGCUAAAGCCGACAUUUGGUCUUGUGGGGUAAUCCUAUUUGUUCUAUUGGCUGGUUAUCUUCCAUUUCAUGAUUCAAAUCUGAUGGAGAUGUAUAGGAAGAUUGGUAAAGGAGAGUUUAAAUGCCCAACCUGGUUCCCAUCUGAAGUACGAAGGCUGCUGUCAAAGAUGUUGGAUCCAAACCCUAAUACUAGGAUAUCCAUUGCGAAGAUUAAGGAGAAUUCUUGGUUCAGAAAGGGGUUUAACUCAAAAUCAGCAUUAGUUGAAACAGAAAGCAAGGAACCAGCGCCUCUGGAUGUUGACACAGUUUUUGGUCCUGAAAAUAGUGGCACUGCUACUGAGCCAAAGCAGGAGUCAGCAAAGCUUACCCACUUGAAUGCUUUUGAUAUCAUAUCUCUUUCAGCAGGAUUUGACCUGUCUGGUUUGUUUGAGGAACCCGACCACAAAAGCGAAGCACGUUUCACAUCCAGGCAGCCUGCCUCAGUCAUCAUCUCGAAGCUGGAGGGUGUUGCUAAGCGCUUGGGGCUGAAGCUGAAGAAGGAUGGGGGGUUGUUGAAAUUGGAGGGAUUAAAGGAAGGGAGGAAGGGAGUGUUGUCAAUUGAUGCAGAGAUAUUUGAGGUCACUCCAACUUUUCAUUUGGUGGAGGUAAAGAAGUCCAGCGGUGAUACUUUGGAGUAUCAGAAGAUACUGAAACAGGAUAUGAGGCCAGCUCUCAAGGACAUUGUUUGGGCUUGGCAAGGUGAUCUACAGCAGCAGGAGCAGGAUCAGGAGCAGCAGGAGCAGAGCAGUUAGAGUAUGCCUGGUUCCUUCCUACUUUAAGAAUGUAUUACUUGUUUAUUUAAUCUUUUGCUUUUUACGUUUUCCUAAAUUAUGUGGUUCAGUGUCUGUUUUUUGACAAGUUGUCUUCAUCUUUGCGAGACUGUAUUGUGAUGGUAUGUACGUGAAUUUGCAGUUUACGUUUGCUUAAAGAUUUUGUGCAA